CAAAAACAAAUAAUUUGAUUGCAAAGCAGACGAAAAACAAUUUCCGCGAGUUCGAAGUAUUAUGCUUUCGUUUAUAUAAUGCAUAUAUCAUCACAAAAGCGCGGUUUUUUGUCAAAGUGCAUACCAGUAUUUAAAUGAGCAUAGUGCAGAUACCCUUAAUUAGAAAUCCGAUGUAGUUUGAAAAAGAAUUAAAUAUGGAUGAGAAUGCAGGAGAAGCUGUUGAUCCAAGAGUGAAAGAUCAGCUUGAAUUUUUGAAUUCAUAUACUGAUGAGAUCAACAGCCUUGAAUUGCAGCUUGAUGAUGCUAAUGCAACUUUUCGAAAUACAUUGAGUGAAUAUAGCCAGAGAUUGAAGCUUAUUGCCAAGAAGUUAGGCAAAUGUGUUAGAAUAGCAAGGCCAUAUUAUGAAGCUGAAGAAGCUGCACAAGCUGCAAAGUUGGAAUGUGAAGAAGCUGCUAUACGAUAUCACCGUGCCUGCGGAGUACACAAGGAAGCCCGUGAAACUAUAGCUAUGGCUGAAAAGAAAUUUGAUUGUCAGAAAGAAGACUAUGACUUUGAUGCUGCUUGGCAAGAAAUGUUGAAUCGUGAAACAAUAAAACUUAUGAAUGCAGAAGCCUUAAAGAAAGAAAGUGAACAGGAACACAAACGAACUGCUCAAGUAUUUUCAGCCGCUGUUCAAAAAGUCAAAGUAUUAGAACAGCAACUGAAAAAAGAAAUUAUCAAAUCUAGGCCUUAUUUUGAACAGAAGAAAGUGUUUUUAAAAGUGUUGCAGGAUUUAAAAAGUCGUGUUGAAUCUCUACAAAAAGCUGUCACAGAUUCUAAGGCUUCUUAUGCUGCUUGUCUGCGUAACUUAGAAAUGAUAUCAAGUGAGAUUCAUGAGAGAAGAAAAUUAAACUUGCCUCCAAGAGAACCUGGUGUUGGUGCUGAGCGGGACUCAAAAACUAACUCUGAAAUAUCUAUCCAUCCACCUUUAUCAAUGCUUAAAUUAUGGGGUUCUGACAGCCAUUUAACAGAUAGCCUGUCAUCAACAACUGAUACUGAUAUUGCUGAAGAUCUUGACCACCUUUGUCAAGAUUUGUCUAUAGACCCAAAUUUAAGCCUUCCGUCUGAACCAAAUUCAUUAGAAACAAAACGAAGUGAUAAUCUGAGUGAUAAGAGUGCCAAUGCUAAUGAACCUCUUGAUACAUCUCUGCAAUCCAGCAGUGAAUGCAAAAUGCCGUCCUUUUCUUCCCCAGGUGCUGGAGAAUUGUCAGAUGAUUCCUUUCAAGAUGUAGAUCUGAAUAGUUAGUGAUUUUGUGCAUUAACAUUAAUUUUAGAGACAUUGUUAGAUUUAUAAACUUUUGUGUGUCAUAUCAGUUGUUUUAUUCAUUGUACAUAUUUUAUUUGGUUUUUAUUUUUCUAGAAGUUCAAAUGAUUUUUCUUUUUCUCUUUUGUUUUGUGCAUUUUUAUUUCUGUUCUUUUUGUUCUAAUUUGCAUAUUAUUAUUUAAACAAAGGUUGUGUACUGAUCUAUGAACAACGAGUUUUAAUUUCUUUUGUGUAACUUUUUAUAAACUAUCUAUUGUCAGUGAAUACUGAAAGUUGACAGUUGAGUAGAAUUUUUCUUAUCUGGCAGCAGCAGGAUUUUUGUGUUGCUGAAAAAGAGAUUUAUCCAGAUAAAUGAAAGUUUCUAGAACUUACCUCCUCACAUUCUUGAUUUUCAUCUAUAUAAAUAACAACAUGAAAGUCUAUUACUCAUGUUUGUUUAUUUUUUAUCUCUCACAAUAUAUUGAAAAUCUAAUUGAAUUGUUUAAUAAUAUUACCCAGAAGCAUACUUUUAUAUUUUAGCGAAAUAGAAAUGCCACAUGUUACAUGAAAGUUUUUUUUUCUUUGCUUGAUUACAUAUUACUUUAAAUUUAUAAGGUUGUUUCUGGAGUUUUUUUUUAAAUGAAAUUUUAAAUUAUUAUGUAUUCUCAUAGAUGGGCAUUGCUUGACAAACAGUAUAAAAAUGUACUAUUCUUGCCAACUUACAUUUAAGUAACUUUCUUGACCAGUGUUACAGAGAUUUCAUAUAUGAAAUUGUUUCCAGGUGUCUAGGCAAUUCAAUAGCAUAUUUUCAGUUAGGCACUAAAGUCACAGAUGAGGAUUGUAACAGGUAAUUAAUUACCAAAUAAAUUUAUAAAAAAUAAAAAUUAAUGCAAUUCAUUUAUCAAAUUUUACUAUAAUUGUAAUACUAAAUAAAAUUGGUCAAGUUCCUAUAUGUAUUAUGUUUAUUUAAUAUAAUAUUUAAAAACACUGAGCAUCCAAUUAAAUAAUAAUAAAUAAGCAUAUGCAUUUUCUCAAAGUUACUAAAAUAAAAAAUUUAACUUAAAAUAUUCUUUAUAAAAUUUUACUAUAAUUAUAAGCAUGGUGCUAAAUUAAAAUGUAUUGAAAUGCAAAAUUAAAUUAAAUAGAAAGAGGGACUUUUUGUAUACUUCAUAGAGUUUAACACUCGGUCUUUUCCAUAUUUAUCUCAUAGGCCUAAAUUUGGAGUUUAAAUUUAUAUCUUCAAAAGUGCAAUUAUUUAUAUUGCUGAUUGAUUAGGUGCUGAUUAUGGGAGAGAUUUGUUUGUGUAUAGAUAAUUAUUUUUAACUACAUCUGUUAAUUGCUAAAAAUAGUAUACAUUUUUUGCUAAGCUUUCCAAAAAAUAAAGAAUUGUAAAGGUAUAUUUUCAUUACAUAACUGUUAUGCAUGUUAAAAACUAAAUUGUUCUUUUGCAUCAAAUAUUUUUAUGGAUAUUAGGAACAUAUAUAUUUAACAUGGUGUAAUCAUCCUUUUAUAACUUUCUUUGACUGUCAACUUGAGGAGUCACUGACUUAGUCCACAGAAGUUUUUGUUUUGUGAAGUCAAUCUUAGAUCAGCCUUUGUCUUUUAGUACAAGUUUCAUUAUUUGGAUAUGUACAACUUUACUUAUUGUUGUAUUGGAAUGAUUUGAGAUAUUUAUCUUUCUUAGAAUAUUCAUAAUGUUGUGUACUUUCUAAGCCUUAGAUAUUAUUAAAGUUUUUUAAAAAAAUUCCAAUUUCAAUGUCAUAAUUAAAGUAAUACUAAUCGAGCUUUUAACCCCUUUUACUAGCCGAUAUUCUUGUCAAUUUUCUUGAGGAUUCUUUACUGUAGGGGAAGUUUAUGGAACCUUACAUUUUCAAAAAUCCAUUCAAGAAAGAACUUAAUAAAGCAAAUGUGUUCAAUUAUUGAAAUUUAGUGCAUUAUAAUAAAUAAAUAAAGUAAUUUAAACUAAAAAGUUUUUUUUAGUCAUUUUUUAUAAACCUAUUUAAGAGCAUAUUAAUAAAGAUUUAAUUUAAAACAAACAUUUUUUAUUAUUUACCUACACUUUUUUCUGCUCCUUUCAAUGAGUAUUAAAAUUUUAAUUAUUAACAUUGCAAUAAUACUUAAUGUUUAAAUGAUAAUAAAUUGUUGCAUAUUUUUUGUCAGUCUUAUUGAUGCAAACUUUUGAAAAUAUAGUUAACCAUUGUUCAUUUCUCACUGUUUCUGUGAUAUCAAAUGUGAUUAAAAAACAACCAGAGUUAGGAUAUGCAAUAAAGUAUUGAUAUAUCUUUUGAUCAAAAUUUAUGAAGGUGAAUUUGCUCAACUAUAUUGUAUUCGUACUCUUAAAAUUUCUCCUAAAAAAUUUGAACCUCCCCCCCCCCCUUGUUUUAUAUUUAAAAAAGAAACAUUUUGUUAAACCUUGAAAUCUGAUGGUGUUGUCAACGAAGAACUUUUUGUGUAAUUUAUUUAUUAGAUAUUUAAUGCAAAUGAACUUGAAUACUUGAAAUUAUCUAUUCUUUAUCAUGCAUUUUUUUAAAAUACAGGCAAGCAAGUAUUUAAAAUGCAUUAUUGGAAGAUAUUUGUAUGUAAUUAAAAUGUUCAAAUAUAUAUUUAUUGCUCAUUUUUUGACUUAAUGUCUGCAAUUAAAUAUUUUUACUCACAUAGUUAUUUUAAAAUUAGAAACAUUGAAUGUUGUUUGAAAAUGAUUAUUUUAAUGUAUAAGAUGGAUACUCUCAAAAGAUAUUUGAUAAUGUCUCAAAGGUUAUGAAGAUAGAAAAUAAAAAUUAUUCCUAAGGUUACUUUUAACUUUUAUUAAUUAAUUUAUCUUAAAUUUUUAAUAGAAGAUCACCUGACUGAUUUUAUUUUUUGUUGUUGUUAAAUUGGAAGCAUACCAUCGCUGUUUAAAUCACCUUUUUCCAUUUGAAGUUUCAAUUUCUGCUCUGUUUUGAGCUGCAGGGAGUAUAUUGAAAAGGGGGGGGGUUCAUAUUUAUGAAUCCACAACACUGUUCACUAUAGAUAUGUCAAUCUAAAAGAAUAUUUAGAUUCUUAUAUGGGAAAAGUAUAAAAAUUAUAAAAAUUCAUGAGGAUUUUAAUUUUUUCAGUGAGAAAUAAUUCAAAGGAACUUUACAAUUUCAAAUUAUUUUCUCUUUAUUCUUUGAAUUUCUUAUUAGCAUAAUUUUAGAGUCAACCAAAGCAAAUUUAAAUUAUAGACAAUAUUUUAAAUCAAAACUUUCUACAUUAUCUUUUUAGUAAUUUUGUAUCUUUAGUUUUAUAAGCAUUGCAGAUUUCCAGCUAGGCAAACUAAGUAGCUGUCUGAAACUGCAACAAAAUCAAUUAGAAAAUGUAAUUUGCAAAAUUGUCAAAUAAAUUUGUAACAAAAUGUUAAUUGCAAAAUAUUAAUUCUGGAAUACGCAUUAGUUGAACUAUUAAAUAAAGUGUCAUUAAUAUUUAUAAAAUAUUAUAAAUAAGUAAUUAAUUAUUCAUUUAAUUAGUAAUGUUAUUUUCCAUUUCAUAGUUCCUGCAAUAUUUAAUGUUAUAAUUGUUUGAAGUUUUCUAAUUCCUUCUAAUCUAUCGUAAUAAGUACAUGCUCUUAUUUGUAAGUAAAGAAACUAACAAAUAUCCAAUUAAAUAUUUAUAAUAUAAUAUUACUCAUAAUAACUAAUAAUUAUGAUAAUUUUUUUAAAAAUUAAAAUAAAUAAUGAACAUUUUGAUUAAAUUAAAAACAUCUUAAAAUUUAAAACUUGUGAUCAGUGUUGAAAGAGGAACCUUAUAAUUUGUACUGCCUAGGACUGCAAACUGCUUAAAUCAGUCACUUGUUAGAAGCGAAUUUUUUAAGGACUGUAAUUUACUUGAAAACUGCACUGCUGUAUAAUGUAUUCAAUCAAAAAAGCAAUAAAAACUUUUACAGUUUUUUAAACAUGGUGUAACAUGAUAGACUGCUUUUUUACUUAUUGUUUUUUAUUAAACUUCUAUAUAUCAAAAAUAAAUCUUUAUUGCAAAUUUUAGUUUAAAAACUGUCAGUUUCAUUUGCUUUUUACAUUUUUAGACCAAUUCAUUCAUUUUUUAACUAGCCACAAUAAAAAUUUGUGUAAGUUAUGUUACAAAUUAGCUAAACUUCUUGAUGUGUAAUGUAAAAUGAAAUUUUUAUUGUAAAGUUUAUAUAGCCAAUAUAGUUGUGAAUUAUUCAAUCAAUUCUAGUAUUUUAAUUGAAUACUGAUUAGAUUUAAUUAGUUUAUUCCAUUCAUGAUAUAAUAUUUUAGCGUAAUUCAUGCAACUAUCUUUUAUUAAAAAAUUAGUUCAGGUUGUUUUUUUAUCAUUAUUUCUAUCUAAAACAUCUAAAAUUAAAGUAAUCUUUAUUUAUUAUUAUUUCCAUUAUUUGAAAAAUUGUAGUUUAGUAAUUCAAAUAUAAUUAAUAUUUUAUAUAAAUUUUUAGUAGGAAAAUUUUUAUUACCUUUUGCAUAGAAACUUCAGUUUUUUCCAACGCACAUAUCUUAUUGUUUGUUAAGUCUUGCACAUGAUGCAGAUCAAAGUUCAUAGUUCAUUUUCAUUGAAAGCUGAUUUUAUAUUAUACUUAUGUUUUCUCUGUACAGAAAGAAUUGGAUGUUGCUUGCAUCAAAAUUUGAGAUGAUAAAUAUCUUCUGAGCAUACUGUAUGAUUUUUUACAUUUCCACAUCUAUUUUUUUAAAAGUAAUGGAAAUAUAAAGUUUUCAAUUCUCAUUUAUGUGUGCAAUUUGUGUUUGCUAUAUAAACCAUAAAAUGGUACAAAAAUAGUUUAUAGUUAAUAUUAAGUAUCAAGUUUUGUUUUGUUUUGGAAAAUUGUAUAAAAUAUGAAAUUUUUUCUGUAUCAAAUGCUUUUAAUGUGUUCAAGAAUUCUAGUUAGCAUAUAUUUUAAUUUGAAAUUCUUUAUACAGAAAUGCAAUGUUUUUGUUAUACAUUAUGUUAUUCAUUUUAAUAUCUAGCAGUGAAUUUCAUUGAAAUAUUACUUUGAUAUUUUGUAAAAAGUGCUUUAACUGUUAUAUUAUUUCAAGAACCUUCUCUCAAUAAAAUGCACUAAUUUUAAUAUUUUAACAUAAAUAUCAUUAUUAUUAUUUACUUACUGUUUGACAACGGAUUGUUAAGACCUCCGUGCUUUUGCGCAUGCGUUAAGAUGGGUUUAAUUUUUUCAAAAUAGGGGUGAAAGGAAAAAUGAAAGGAGGAGAUUUUUACAUUUAACUCGGAUUACUUGCGGUUUUACGAGACGUAAACAUUACAGAUAAUUAGUAAUUGAGAAGGAAAAAGGUACUAAUGCACAGUAAAAUAUUUCAGAGCAAUUUUUAUUUAAUGUAAGGGGCGUAAACAUUAAAUUAUGAAGAAUAAAUAAAAAAUUUGUUCUUAAAAUUUGUUAAUUACUUUUCUACAAAAUAAUAAUCUUUUUUUACAUGUUAUUGAAUUUUUUUGGCAAUAUUUUAAGAUUAAAACAAUCGAUAAUUGAGAGUUUAUUCUAUUUAAAACACUUUAUUUAAGGAAUUGCAGUAAAUAUAGAAAGUCUUAAAUUAAUUUAAUAUUAAUAUUAAUAUUUUAUAUUAAUAUUAAAAACAUUUUUAAAAUAUAUGAUAUUUAAAAAAAAACAUUAUUAAUGAUUUUUCUGCUUAAAAAUAUUAUUAUUUUUAAUGUUGCUAAUAGAAACGUCGGCAAUUUGACUAGCUCGUUUCGAAGAAUGUGCGACAGGAAUAAAUAAUUUUCCGUUUUCUGCUUCUUGGCCACAAUUUUUAAUGAUAUUAUAUAACAUUUUCUUCGUACUACUUACUCCUGAAAGCUUUUGUACCACUUGCACUAGCCAUAUCAAUAAGAAAUUUUGAGUUAAAAUGUGGUCAGAAAUGACACAGCACUCACAUACAUGUGAAAAAAAAUUGAACUAAAACGUAUCUAUUGAGGGGAAUCUAAAGUCAAAGGUGAAUACCGGAAAUGCGCUCAUCGUUCCGCGUCUCACCCCCUAAUGUGAUGGAAUCGUCGAAAUGUGGUCGUCUCAGAAUCCGUUAUCAAACAGUAUUUGAAAUGUUCUUUACUCCAGAAAAAAUAUACAUUAGUAUGCAUUUCUUAACACUUUCAAUGCUAUCGACGAGAUAUCUCGUCUUUCAGAUACUUCCAAUUCUGUUGGCUAAAAUUUAAAAAAAUUUGACUGUGGGCUAAAUUUUAAUAUAUGUGUUAGAAAGUUCAACCUAUCUAAACUGGCAUAAGAGACAAAUUUUAGCCCACAGAAACCUGUAAUUGGAAGUAUCUGAAAGACGAGAUAUCUCGUCGGGAGCUUGAAAGUGUUAAGACUUUUUAAUAACUUGCAUUAUAUUGCAGAUAUAAAGCAAUUUUCUUCUUUGUCAAAACUGACAAUUUUAUUUAAAAUCCAAGACUUUUUUUUUUUUUUUUUUUUUUGUCUAUUACUUUUUUCAUAUAUAAUUUGUUUCCUUAUAUUAUGAAAACAAAAUUUUCAACUGCCUGAUAAAUUUGGAACUAUUUCUUUUCCUUGAAACAGGAAGUUUUGAAAUAAGAUUGAAACUUCAACUAAUUAUGUUUCUUUUUUAUAUAUAUAGUUGGUUAAUUAUUGUUGAAUUUGCUAUAGUUAAUUAGCAUUUGUUGCAUAAAAGAAGUUGUUGAUCAAUAAAUAGGAUAGAUGAACGCGAGUUAUUAGUCAGAGUUUAAUUUUUGAUCUGAUGUGAAAUUUAGUACAUAAAUUCAUGUAUAAGAAGGUUCUAAAAAAGAUCUAAUAAAUUAUUUUUUAUUCUU